AUGCCCAUCCGGAAAAGGUUGAAGAAGAUUUUCCACCAUCGCAAUGAAGAUAAAGUCCUAGAAAGUACCACUCAUGGGCCGAGUGAAGAGCAGCAAUUGAAUGUGUCAAUAGACACACGAUCUAGCUACUUAGCUACAAUCGAGACAUCGGGAGUAUCACCUCCUGUUCCAGCCUUGGAUGACGCGAAUGCGCCCCAACAAGCUCCAGUUGAGGAGCCGCUAGACCCCAAAGAAUGUGGCAAUUCUAUCCGGCAUUUGUGGGCUGUGGCAUACAAGAACCUACGAGAUGAGGAAGAUUCGCCCGUCCAAACCUUCGAGGAUCAGAUCCGUCGCAACUUGCCCGACAUCGCGGACAGAAUGAGCUCAGACGCCAAUACAAAAGACUGGAUGAGCAAGGUUGUCCAGAAUCAGAUGGACCAUGUCAAACGAGACACUUUGAAGAUAAGAUUUCGGAAUUUCGAGGUGGAAGCCCAGGAUGUCGUCAAGUCGGUCCUAGCUGUUGUCGACUGGAGUAAGGAUUAUGUCUCUAAAGCCCUGAGCUCAAAUCCUACGGCAUCUAUUGCCUGGGGUGGUGUAACUCUGUUGCUGCCGCUCUUUUUGAACCCCAUAGAACAAGCUUCAUCUUUGGCCAAGGGCCUCGAGCACAUUGCAUCCAUCAUAGUUUGGGGUUCUAUGUGGGAGGAUCUCUAUGUACGGCGUUACGAGUCUGCGAUCAGCGAUGCUUUGCCAGAGUCGCAUGCUGAGUACCGACGCGCAUUGGAAAUGCUGUACCAAGAGAUACUCAGGUUUCAGAUUGUUUGCUACGGCUACUAUAGCCACAGAUCUGUCUCUCGUUUGGCUUUAGAUUCCGUGAAGCAUCAUGGCUGGGACGAGCUGCUUGGAAAUAUCAAGUAUCGGGAGACUGAAUUCGAUAAGGUGAGCCAAGGUUGGCGAGACAAGAUGUACAAUGAGGAAUGGGAAAAGGCAGAGGCACGGCAUCAGCAAGCCAUGAGUCAGUGGCGAACGAUUGGAACCGAUGUUUCUGAGCUCAAGAAAACGAUCGAGGAGGUUCAGAAAGACGGGAAUCGCGAAAAGAUGCUAAAUUGGCUUUGUGCCGUUGACACUUCAGCGCAAUAUAGGGCUGCUCGAGAAAAGUAUAGCAUUGGCACCUGCAACUGGCUGAUCCGAGAAAGCAUCGAUUUUAAGACUUGGGAGAGAUGUCCAAAUUCCGUCUUAUGGCUUAGUGGAAAAGCCGGCUCUGGCAAAUCAAUUUUGAGUUCAUCCGUUAUCAAAUACCUAAAGGAUCAGUACGAACAAGACCCUGAGACCGCACUGGCAUACUUCUUUUUCAGCUUUGGAAACAUAGAGCAACAGAAAGUGUCUGUUAUGCUGUCAUCCCUUGUGCGACAGUUAUGUGCAAGUCGUCCAGACACACCACAGCCGGUCAAACGGUUUGAAGAGUAUAUGGCAAAGGGCGAGCGGCCAGACAUAGAGACCCUUGAGGCCGCACUCAUUUGUGCUGUCAGUGGGUUUUCCGCGGUCUUCAUUGUUGUAGACGCUCUCGAUGAGUGCCCAGUCCUGGAUGGCGAGCGGCCAAAGCUUUUGAACUGCCUUCGCCGCAUCAUCGCCUCGAUGUCGGAUAAUCUCCACAUCUUUUGCACAAGUCGAGCCGAGCCAGAUAUUCAUAUGGCAAUUGACAAGUUGUUGGAUGCCCGGUCAAAAACUGCCAUUGAUCUCACAGAAAAUCAAGUGGGUUUGGAUAGGGACAUGCGUCUGUACAUCGAUAGCGUACUGGGUACCGAGAUGUACUGUUGGUGGUCGGACGACGUGAUGGCUAAAGCGAAGGAUAUAAUGAUCACGAGAGCAGAUGGAAUGUUCCAAUAUCUUGUUUGCCAGUUCGAAGUACUUCAAAAUUUAGACUCGGAGGCAUCUGUCCUCUCAGCACUUGAUGAUCUACCGACGGGACUAGAUGAAACGUAUAACAGGCUACUUCUAGGUCUCAACAGGAAGUUGAAACGGCAGGUCCUGGGUUCGCUUAAAUGGUUGGCGUUAUCGAGACGGCCUCUACGCCUCAACGAAUUUGCCGAAAUCUUCAUUUUCCGUCCUGAAACUGUCACCAAGAUCGAUGAGUCUGAGCGGCUAUUUGACCCGCGAGCGGUUCUGAAAUAUUUCCCUAGUCUCGUUACGACCGAGACAAAGUAUGGAAGGAAUGAUGAGACCUACCUUUACGAAAACAUCACAUAUGUCCGCCUCGCUCACUUCACACUCAAGGAGUAUCUAGUAUCCGAGCGCAUUGAACAAAACAAAGCUCAAAAAUUCUAUUUUACGGAAGCAAAUGCUCACCUGCAUAUCGCACAUUGCUGUCUGUCAUAUCACUUAUACCAAAGUGUUGAGAACACAGGAGCUAACGUGAAACUCCCCUUGAAGACCUAUGCAACCCGAAACUGGGAAUUGCAUUUAGAAUCAGCCCCCCGCGAACUAUGGACCACUGAGAUUAUCCAGCUCACUGAACUCGCGCUCUCUAUGCGUACUAAAAGCCUUCGGGAGAUAUUGCUCUAUGGACAAUUGAGGGAUCGGUGGUAUCCAAAUGAUGACCGAAUCGACAAUUUGAUGCAACGUCCGUACUGCUAUACCGCUGCCAUUGGGUCCCUUGAGCUCACUAAAUUGCUUCUUCACAAAGAUUCACGGACCAGGAAAUUCUUGAUUCAGGAGGAUCUCGACUUAACUCUCCGAGAGGCAGCAGAGGAGGGACACAUUGAGAUUGUCCGGUUUCUUCUCAAUGAACGUGCUAAUAACAAUAAUAACGUCGGUGGCGCGCUACAGGCCGCGGCGUAUCGAGGCCACCUAGCAAUCGUAAAUCUUUUGCUUGACAAUGGGGCUGAUAUCAAUGCCCACGACGACAGAUUCGGGUCAGCUCUGGAGGCCGCGGCAAAGGGCGUCAACCUGACAGCCCUGCGAAGGCUCUUGGAUCGUAGGGCUGAUGUGCGCAAGGCAGGAUGUCCUGUGUCGUGUCUCAUAGCGGCUCAUAAGACAAAUGGCCAAAAUGAUAUCACGGAGCGGACCCAAGUUCUAAAGCUUCUUCUCGAAAAGGGUGUUGAUAUCAACAGAAAGUGUACACGGCACGGGAGCGCUCUAAAUGAGGCGAUCAAGGUGUGGCUACGCGAGGGAACCCGUGCAUUUUUCGACUUUGUCGUGAGGCACAACGCUGACAUUGAGUUGAACGAUGGGCGAUAUGGCACCCCGCUCCAAACGGCAUGUGACCAGGUUGGAGCGUCCGUUAAUGAUUCUCAGAGCAAAGAAGCGGUCCUGGCCCUCCUACGUCUUGGGGCCAACCCAAAUACUCAGGGAGGGGAGUACGGUAACGCACUUCAAAAAGCAUGUUAUCAAACCCAGCAUCACUCUGGUGUAAUUGAUCUUCUUCUCGACAAAGGCGCGGAAAUUAAUCGGGAAGGAGGUUGUUAUGGAACAGCAUUACACGCAGCCUGUGCAAAACAGAGCCCGGAAUCGGUCAACAUACUGCUCAGUAGAGGUGCUGACGUGCAUAUACACGGCGGGGAGUAUGGCAGUGUCUUGCAAGCAGCCACUUCUGUAUAUACUGAUUACAGCUCUAAUGCCACUAGACGUAUUGUACAAAAGUUGCUUGAUAGUGGCGCUGAUAUUAAUGCAGCCGGUGGUAAAUUCGGAAGCGUGCUAUAA